ACUUUCUCGGCAGUUGGCGGCACGUAGCACACCUUGCAGCCGAGAGUGCAAGAGAGUGGAGGCGGAUCGGAUACUACUUCUCAUUCUCCUUUGCUAUCUUUGAACUGCACCUUUUUAUUCUGAAGGCAACCUGUCUCUGUUGCAACAUCUUGGUGCGCAUGCACAGCUCUCGUUCCCCUCACGUCCACCCGUCAUCGCCUUAUCCAUAGCCCGUGCAAGUCCCCACUAAGCGCCUCGACUGCCUGGCUGUUCAAGAUGGCGUCGACACCGUUUUACGAUUUCACCAUUUCCCUCUUUCCGGUCGCCCUGCGCAAGUCGUUGCCGCUGCACCUGCUCACAUGGCAGGCGGGCGUUACGCCACUAUCGACGCUGACCAGCAUCAGCGCUGCAAUCGUCGUGUACCUCGGCACGAUCUUUGGCAUACAGGCGCUAAUGCGCGGUAGGGCGCCUUUCGGGAAAGAAGGCUGCUUCAAGCUUGCGUUCCUCGUUCACAAUGUCGCGUUGACCAUCGGCAGUGCGUUGCUCUUGGGAUGCAUGUUGGAGGAGAUCUGGCCGAUUUUCAGGGAGAGGGGGCUUUUCUACGCCAUCUGCGGAGCAGGAGCUUGGACGAUGCGCAUGGAGACAUUCUACAUCAUCAACUUUUACUUCAAAUUUUGGGAGCUCAUCGACACCAUCUUCCUGGUCCUUAAGAAGAAGCCUCUACAGUUCCUGCACGUGUAUCACCACUCGGCGACUGCUCUGCUCUGCUUCAGCCAGUUGCACGGGCACACAAGCGUCAGCUGGGUCGUGAUAUGCUUAAAUCUCGCGGUUCAUGUCUUGAUGUACUUCUACUACGCUCUGACCUCGCUCAAGAUUCCGUGCCCUUGGAAGAAGGCCGUCACCACCUCGCAAAUCGUCCAAUUCGUCAUCGACCUCUUCGUUGUCUACUUUGCAUCUUACAACUACGCAGCAAACACCUACCUCCCGUGGCUCCCGCACGUGGGCACUUGCGCUGGCGCAGAGUACGCCGCCAUCUCGGGCUGCGUCUGCCUCACCAGCUACUUGUUCCUCUUCAUCGCCUUCUACCAAAGGACAUACAAGAAGGCCGCAAACGCGAGGGCGAAAGCAGCGGCCAACGGGAAGGCCCUCGCCAACGGAUACUCCAACGGGAGCAUCAAGAAGGCUCAGUAGAAAAGCACAUGAUAUUCUAUCAUACCUUCACGUGCGCAUUCGCAGGCGUAUAGCCUGCUUGAUCGCUGGCCCUCCUGCAUGGCGGGAAAGGGAGCAGCUCCAGGGCCGGGUCGGGUCUCAAUAACAUAACGCAAGGUUUCCCAUGCAAUGGCUCAGAAACGCGAAACAGUUCUAUAGAUGUAUGAUAGAGUCUGUGGAACCCCAACCCACACCUCUUGUCUCGAUCAACCUCCAUUCACAUCGCGUAGUUAAAAUACACGCGUGGUUAGAUGACCUGCUC